AUGCCUGUAAAAUGCCAAGGGCGAUAUUUACAACAACUUUGUUAUGGCACAGAUCCGGAGGAUGAAGACAGAGCUCAGUAUGCUGUUUGCUACAACACAAACACACUUAUUCCAGAAUUCACUGGGCAUGUUUUAAAUCCCUUCGAACCACAAGCUGGGGGAAGAGACGAGUGGGCAAUCGACCGAACUGUUGGCAAGUUAUUUUCCAUUCUCUUGGUCUAUUUUUUUGUGUGUGUUUGUUUUAGCCAAUGUUUUUGACAAUUUAAUUCUUACAGUUAAGCGUAACCAACGAUCCAAGCAGGUUUUAAGAUAAUGUACAAGUAUAUAAAGACACAGGUACACAACUAUUCUAGCACUAGUACAAACUGAAUAAAGACAGUCCUCUAUUUUUAUGUUAGAUCGUCGUGAUCUAGCAAGUUAGUACCGUUUCCCUCUGGUGGUGAUCGUGGUCUCUUAUUUGGGUAAACUAUCAAAUCCAUUCAGUAAACCCUAGGUGCCCGAGAUUUUUUUCUUUCUUAAUUCCGUCUAGAAAGCUUAUAAAACCGAGUGCACGGUAUAUCGCGCGAUAAUAGUAUCAAGAAAAGGCUUGGUCGAUUUUAACUUAUCAGUAACCCUUAAAUUCUAAUGACUACAUCACACAUCAUGUUCGAUUCCGUAAACGCUGACAUCACCAGGAACAAGGUCGAACAACUUUUCUACAGACUUGUCUCUUGCGGUGGUCCCUACGUUCCCAUUCACAAAGACACAGGUACACAACUAUUCCAGCACUAGUACAAACUGAAUAAAGACAGUCCUCUAUUUUUAUGUUAGAUCGUCGUGAUCUAGCAAGUUAGUACCGUUUCUCUCCGGUGGUGAUCGUGGUCUCUUUCUUGGGUAAACUAUCAAAUCCAUUCAGUAAACCCUAGGUGCCCGAGGUUUUUUCUUUCUUAAUUCCGUCUAGAAAGCUUAUAAAACCGAGUGCACGGUUAUUUUAUCCUAGAUAUUUCGAGAAAGGGCCUCUUGAACCAGGGUCAUAUCGCGCGAUAAUAGUAUCAAUAAAAGGCUUGGUCGAUUUUAACUUAUCAGUAACCCUUAAAUUUUAAUAACUACAUCACACAUCAUAUUACACGUUAUCGCUUCCUCUUUUCAUCUUUCUUUUCUUCUAUUUUUGCUGACAUUCAUUUGUUUUCUAAGAACCGGUGGCACUCCUUUCUGACUAUUCCGCCUCUCAAGGCCGACUUAUUAACGGGUACAACCCACAGCAAAACAGGUUUUACUCCAGAGGACAUCUGACUCCAAAUGCGGAUUAUGCCGACGAAAAUGAUCGUCAAAGGACAAUGUUACCAACCAACAUUGCACCGCAGUGGCAGGGGUUUAAUGAUGGAAACUGGUGUGUAAUGGAACAAUUUCUGAGACGGUUUGCAAACAUUGAGAGACAUGAGCUCUAUAUAUUUACUGGCACAAGUUAGUAUGACAAUUUAGCGUUUCACUUCCAAUGAUAGUAGAUUUUCUGAGGGUGGAGAGGGUGCGGCGAAGGUUAUCGAUCUCUAGAAUGUUAAUUGCUUUUCUUAUAGGUAAAUUAUUGUUAUAGACUAUUUAAGUCCCCACGCCGGUCGGUAUUUGGAAAUUUAAGUGUCUCCGUCCCCGGAAUUUACUUUGCAAGAAAAAAAUGCUUAGUAAUGCUCAGGGUUUCUCGCGGGUUAGCCAGGUGGAAGGAACCAGCCGGAAAUGACUUGUGCAUUACAAUUUAAACCUUCCUUGGCUUGCGAGUUGAAAGCUACUAAUAUAUUAUCUUCACUUUUCCAUAGAUGAGUCUUUGGCGUCCUUUCCCACUUGUUGAAAAUGAGUCUAACUUUGUGUUAACGUUCUUAUUCAGGUGGGCAAGCAACAAAUAGAGCUAGAACUCCACUAACGUUGAAUGGACGUGUAGUGGUUCCAAAGUACUUCUGGAAGGCAGUGUGUGAUCCAGUUCACUCUCAGUCUAUUUUCUUCUACGCUCGUAACCCCACUGACGUCACAACUCUGAACAAGAGGGUAUCAGCCUGCUUUGGACAGCAAACUGAAACGUCUGGAGUAGUGAUGUGCGACAGCAUAAACAGAGGCAGUGCAGCAAUUGAAAGAGACGUGCCUCGGGCAAACAUACCCAAGUUCACCCUAAACAGAGCCUGUGCUCCUGAUCGAUUGGGAGAUAUAUUCAGAGAAUUC